AGGAAGCCAAGAAAUUGCUGAAGAGCUGACCGGAUCUUAAGCCCAAAAUGGAAUCAAUCUAGAAGCUAUACCUCGACGGAUCUGACCAGUUCACUAUGCGUACAGAGUCAGGCUAUCCUGUUGCGCCUGAAUGACCGAUUCGGCUUCUAUCUGGCUACAGACUCUCUACAAACUUCAACUUACCCAAGGAAGUUAGCAAAUUGUUAAAGAGCUGAACGGCUAUAGAUCGACGUAUCUGACCAAUUCAUUAUGCGUACGGAGGUUAUCAAGGCGGACACCAUUGAUGCUGCCGUUGAAAGGAUUCUCAAUGAGCUUGGGAAAGACACUAGAAGAAGCAACAACAAAGAGAAUGCCAUCUACUUUGAUGGCUGGAACGGACUCGGGGCAUCUGCCGUCCUGCAAGCCGUAGCCAAACGCCUCGCCAUAUCAAGUGAGCUGCUGGCGAGGUCUCCAGGGCUGGAGUUUGAGAAAAUCAUCCACAUUGAUUGCUCAAAGUGGGAGAGUAGAAGAGCAGUGCAGAAGAAAAUCGCAGAGCAGCUGAAGCUUACUGAUAAGGUGAUGGAGAUGUUUGACAAACAAGAUGAGGAGGAUGAUUUCAACGGGUUAGACCAGUGCUCCCGUGGUGAGAUAGCACAAGUUUUCACAGAGAUAUAUCAAACCAUAGAGAAUCGCAGAUUCCUGGUGAUCCUGCAUAAUGGAGGCAACGAGAAGAUUGAUAUAUUCAAUUUUGGCCUUUCUCUAUAUGGAUAUGCCAAUAGCAAGAUCCUGUGGACUUUUCGAGGGAGGUUUCGGCUUGACCCCAAGGUGAUAGACAUUGUGAAAAACAGCACGACAACACAUGUUCUUCUUUCAGCUUCAAGAGAUGGGCGCGAUAGGCACGAGCUUUGGUCUUAUCUAGUGCGUCAGGAGGCUGCACAAGUUUCCUACAAUAUGCAUGGCGAUGGUGUCAUUAUUGAUUCAACAAUUGCUGGCGAGUGUGUCUUGUAUAUGCUGAAACAAUACUGCAUCGGUUCUCCCGUUGUUGACUACGACUAGGCUAUCCACACCAGUAACUAUUGGGUGUGUGAUGGAAUUAUUGCGUUUACAGAUAUUGACAAAGCGUGGGAAGUUGGUGAUAUACUACA